AUGAAAAUUGCCCGAUCUCAAGAAUCAUCUCUCCAUGCUGAAUUAAGAAGGUGCGCUCAAGCAGAGCGUCAGGCUGCUUCGAGAGCGGCUGAGCUACCAUCUCAGCGCCAGCAAAGACUUGAGGAGCAAGCCACUCGCCAAGCUUCUUUGAGGGCUUCUGAGAAUGAUAUUCGUACUCAAGUCCGUAUAUCACAACAGGCUCAACGUCAGACAGCACUAAGGGCGUUAGAGUCCCCUCUUCAAACGCAGCUACGUUUAGAGGAGCAGGCUGAAAGACAAGCUGUUUUGAGAGCUAAUGAGACACCUCUUCAAACGCAACAACGUUUAGAGGAGCAAGCUGAGCGACAGGCAGCUUCUAGAAUGGCGGAGACUCCAGAAGAGUCUCUGGAGAGAAGAACCGCGCAUGCAGAAAUGCAAGCUGAACGGCGUCGAGCUUUCAUGAGAAACAGUUGGUCUGUGAUUAAUAAUACUGCAUUCGAAUACGAUCCUUUGAUCGAUUACAAAAACCAUUCCUUGGUCGUCAUCGGGUUAAUGAAUAAAAAGUGUAGGUUUUGUGAUGCCCUUAAAUGGAAGGACGAAACGGCAGGUCUAUGUUGCUUCAAUGGGAAAAUACGUAUUCCUACAUUAGAUGCACCAGAAGAACCCCUCAAAACUCUUCUUUUAUUUGACUCUGAUGAAUCACGGCGCUUUUUAAAUAGGAUUCGAAAAUAUAAUUCCUGUUUCCAGAUGACAUCUUUCGGGGUAGAUCGGGAAAUAAUCAUGCCUGGUUUUUCACCAACUUUUACUGUCCAGGGCCAAGUUUACCACAGGAUCGGUUCUUUGCUUCCCGCGGCCAAUGAACAACAUAAAUUUCUUCAGAUAUAUUUCAUGGGAGAUGAAGAUAAUGAAGCGGAUCGGCGAUGUCAGUACAUUCAAGGAGUUGAGAGGGAGGUCGUAGUAGAAAUCCAAAGAAUGUUGCAUGAGCAUAAUCAACUUAUCAAUACGUUUAAAACGGCUUUAGACCGCAUGCCUCACGAACAGUACAAAUUGGUUAUUCAUGCCGAUCGCACUCCGCACGGAGAACACGAGAGACGAUUCAAUGCGCCUCUCAUCAAUGAUGUUGCUGCAGUGGUUUGUGGUGACUUUUCUUCAUCACGCGACAUCGUCCUCCGUGCGCAUAAUAAUACUUUGACACGCGUACCCGAUACUCACAAGUUCUAUGACGCCCUUCAGUAUCCCUUGAUUUUCAGCAAAGGCCAGGAAGGUUACCAUUUUGACCUGCCAUUAAUCAACCCAACUACAGGUCAACCCAUGGCUAAUAAAAAAGUAUCCUGCAUGAAUUUUUAUGCUUAUCAUAUGAUGUUGCGUGAGAAUGGUUUUAACUUGCUGCCCCGUUUUAAGCAACUUUUCCAUCAGUUUUUAGUGGACAUGUGGGUUAAAACAGAGAGCGAGCGCCUCCGUUAUAUAACUCUGAACCAAAAGAAAUUACGAGCUGAACAAUACAUUCACCUGCAAGAUGCAGUAAGUAACGAUGCCAAUGUAAAUCCCAGGGAUUUAGGAAAGAUGGUCAUUCUCCCAUCAACUUUUAUCAAUAGCCCGCGAUAUUUACAUGAAUAUACGCAAGAUGCUUUUGCAUACGUACGUGCUCACGGCCGUCCCGAUCUCUUUGUUACAUUCACCUGUAACCCAUCUUGGAAGGAGAUAACAAAUGAAUUAAUGCCAGGUCAGAAACCAAUUGACAGACACGACUUGGUAGCUAGAGUAUUCAGAUUAAAAGUACAGAAACUUAUGGGUGUCAUUACCAAAGGUAAAGUAUUUGGCGACGUGCAAUGUUAUAUGUACUCCAUCGAAUGGCAGAAAAGGGGGCUGCCCCAUGUUCACAUUUUGAUUUGGCUCAAGGAGAAACUGCGACCUACACACAUUGACAAUCUGAUUAACGCUGAAAUUCCUGAUCCUACAGGAGAUAAGGAGUUGCACGACACUAUAGUUAAAAACAUGAUACAUGGUCCCUGUGGCACACGUAACCCUACGUCACCGUGUAUGAAGGAGGGAAAAUGCACAAAAAAGUACCCACGCUCACUUAUAAAAGACACUAUCCACAAUGAACAGGGUUAUCCGUUAUACAGAAGAAGAUCACCUGAAGACGGAGGCCGAACGGUUACUAUCAAAACCCGCAGCGGAGCUUUUGAAAUUAUGGACAAUAGUUGGAUUGUACCGUACUCGCCAAUUUUAUGUAAAAUAUUUAAUGCCCAUAUAAAUGUAGAGGCCUGCGGUUCCGUGCGCGCAAUAAAAUAUAUUUGUAAAUAUAUUAACAAAGGAACCGAUCAAGCCGUGUUCAAUUUUAUACAGGAAGCUGGAUCAUCUGUCAUAAACGAAGUGCAGGCUUUCCAACAGGGGCGUUAUGUGAGCAGCAAUGAGGCAGCAUGGCGACUUUUCGGAUUCCCAUUACAUGAAAGGCACCCAACUGUCACUCAUUUGGCCGUGCAUUUAGAAAACGGAGAGCGUGUAUAUUAUAAUGAAAACAAUUUUUAUGAAAGGAUCGCGUCUCCACCAAUGACAACAUUGACAGCAUUUUUCCAGCUUUGCCAAAUCAACCCAUUUGCCAAAACCCUUUUAUAUUCAGAGGUUCCCCGAUACUACACAUGGAAUGCGUCUAGAAAAGAGUGGAAACGUCGCAUUCAAGGCACCCCAGUAGAAAACUGGCCCGGGGUAAAAUCAGGGGAUGCUCUUGGUCGUGUAUAUACUGUUCACGUGUGCAAUUUUGAGUGUUUUUGUUUAAGAAUGCUCCUACACCAUAUUCGUGGACCAACUAGCCACAGGGACCUUAAAAUUGUGAACGGACAAGAGUGCGCAACAUACAGAGAGGCAUGUGAAGUUCUCGGUCUGUUGGAGAAUGAUAAUCACUGGGAGGAAACCAUGAUAGAAGCAAUACAAUGCAGAUCACCUACAAAAAUAAGAGAGUUGUUUGCAACCUUGAUCUCAACCUGCGGCGUUUCAAAUCCCCAACAGCUAUGGGAAAAAUAUAAAAAUGAUAUGGCAGAAGAUAUAUUAAGUCGAUUGCAGAUGACCCACCCGGACAUCACGUACAAUGAUUUUAUUUACAACGAGGCUCUCACUAAAAUAGAAAAUAAAACAAUGGAAAUAACUGGUAAAAAACUAAGUGAAUUUGGAAUAACUAGCCCACAACGAUCAGAGGAAAGCGUAAAUGACAUCGCCAGAGAGCUAGAUUAUAAUGUCACUAUACUGCAACAGCAAGUAAAUAACAUGGUCCCACAAUUGUUACCGGAGCAAAAAACUAUUUUCGACGAAGUAACACGCUGCAUAGAGUCAAGGAAUGGUGCACUUUUCUUUCUUGAUGCUCCGGGGGGCACUGGAAAAACCUUUUUGCUGAACCUUCUUCUGGCUCAUGUCAGGAAGGAUAAAAACAUUGCAGUAGCCGUUGCUUCCUCUGGAAUUGCUGCCACGCUGCUCAUUGGAGGACGAACUGCGCACUCCGUAUUGAAACUGCCUCUAAAUCUUGCUCAAGAGGAAUCUCCAACCUGCAAUUUUAGUAAAAAUAGUGGUCGGGCCGCGAUGCUGCGCCAGUGUAAGCUGUUAGUUUGGGAUGAGUGUACCAUGUCGCACAAAGGAGCUAUUGAAGCUCUCAAUAGGACUUUGCAGGAUAUAAGGGACUGCAAGAGCAUAAUGGGAGGAUUGGUAGUUUUAUUAGCAGGUGACUUCCGUCAAACACUACCAGUCAUACAAAGGGGGACUCCAGCAGAUGAAAUAAGAGCUUGCUUAAAAUCGUCUAAGUUAUGGGACCAUGUCAUAAAGUUACAAUUAACCACAAACAUGCGAGUGAGAUUAUUCAACGACAUUCAAUCGGGUCAUUACGCAGAAACAUUGCUAAAUAUCGGUGACGGGAAAAUGACAGUAGAUGCAGAGGGAAUGAUUACUUUAACGGAAGAGUUUAGUAACGUUGUGGGCAGCGAAUCGGAGUUGGUAGCAAAAGUUUAUACUGACUUACACGAUAAUAUACAUGAUGACCAAUGGCUCUGCGAACGCGCAAUAUUAGCACCAAAAAAUGAAACGGUCACUAAAAUAAAUGACUAUAUUUUGGAUGAAGUUGUGGGGGAAACUACUGAAUAUUUAUCUGUAGACACAGUAGUAGAAACAGACCAUAGUACUUCAUAUCCUGUAGAGUUCUUAAAUUCUUUGGAACUAUCUGGGGUGCCUUCUCAUAAAUUAAAAUUAAAGUUCCCUAAAAAGGGCAACAAAUAUUUCGGAGUCGUUAGGGAAGGCCUAGGUUCAGCAGUGGACGCCCUAUGGCUGAUAUGA